CACUGAUAGUUUCUUUUUCUAAUGGUAGAUGGCAGAAUGAAAUGUUUACUUUCGUUUCAAAGUGAAAAUAAAAAAGUUCAAAACCUCGGUGAACAUUAAACAAACACGAAUGGCUGGCGCCUAUAACAAUUCUGAAGAUGAUUUUAAAAGUUCACCUCCUGUGAGCCAAAAAUUUGUAAGAAAAAAUCAAAAGAUCCCGGUGGGGCACAUUCUGGCUUCACUGAAAUGGAGGAAUACUUCAGUGGUUCAGAAAAUGACAGAGAGCAUCAAAGUUUUGUUUACUUCUGAUUUGGGUGUGGUGGACUUUCACCCAUCUGGAGACUGUGCAGUAGUUUAUAUUUCUGCAGCGGAAAUGAUUGAAGGUGUUUUGUACAAAAAACGACUGGCUGGACUCAAAUCAGUCAAAGGAAUUCGCAAGGUUAUUGUGGCCGAAAGAACUUACCUCUCUUUACAGCAGUUUAGCACACUUCAACAGUUUGCGGUCCUGGAGCUUGAACUUGAUCUCAUUCCUGUGACAGAAAAUGGUCUUCAUGCUCUGCUAGUUCAAAUGGUUUCUGCUGAAAAUAAGAUAUCCAAAAAUCCUUUCAUGCAACCUUUGAAAAUUCAGAGUGACCAAUCAAAUCACAUAUCAAAUGCACUGAAGAAUGUUCCAAAAAUUGGCGAUAAAAAAAUUGCAAUGCUUGUUGAGAGAUUUGGCUCUUUGCAAAGCAUUGCAAUGGCUCCCGUUGAAGAUCUGACAUCGUUGCUUGGUCCCGGACUCGCGCGUGAAGUGCGCGACUAUUUCAACUAAAUUUUUCCUAAGUAUUAUUAUUGUACUGGUUUAAAAGACAAAUUUCAGAAAAUUAAUGCUUUCAAUCGUGAAUUAAUAUUUCUAAAAAUUUAAAAUUUUCAAGAAUACCUCAAAUGUCUCAAAAUUGUAUUAUAUUGUGCAAAUAAAUGAACUUGAUUCGCUUCA